AUGGAUGAUGAGGACAAAGGCUUUGAUAAUUUCUUACGGAAAAUCAAAUUUGCUAUUUUCGAUGUAUUGGCAAUCUUAGACUAAGGCGAAGAAGACAGUGAAAGUCUAUUGCUAUUUUAUUUACAAACUGUGGCUGAUUAUGUUUAGAUUCAUAGUUUCCCUUUCAAUUAGAAAAUUGAUUACAUUUGGAAAGCAUCCUCCUUUUUAGAGAUAGUUUUUACGGCUUUCAAUAUUCUAAGUAUUGGAAGCUACUUACCAACAAUCAAUUACCUCACAUUUAUACUGUCAGUAUAUUUUUUGUUACUCAUCAUAUUCCUGAUGGUUUUAGACAUCAUAUAUGUAUCCUAUUCAUUUUCAAGACAACGAUUUAGAUGGAUGUGGCCUGUGCAUGUAUUGAGAUCAGGAGUGUCCAUAGUUGUUACUCUAUUUUUCUUGCCCAUUACUGAAACUUUGAUAUCUUUGAUAACAUGCGAGACCAAUCAGGAUGGAGAAUAUGCUUUAACUUAAUUUCCAACAGUCUUAUGUUGGUCAGGUUGGCACAUAUUUCAUGCCAUAUUAGCCAGUCUUUUCAAUCUCAUUUUCACAAUUAUUUGCUCUAUUGUUGCUUAUGCCUUCUUUGAACCUAAAAUGAAGACUAAAAAUCGUACAUCAAGGUAAGAUAGUAAUGGUGAGGUAGUCUUCAUUUUAAAUAAAGUCAUCUGCUAGGUUUUAUAUUCUUUCUUAGGACCUUAGGAUAGCUGGAUACUCAUUAUUGUCACCUUUCUCUUAUCCUUAUGGCUAUUCAAAGUGUAUAAUAUUGAUGAUCCCUACUAUGAUUGGGAAGUGGGACUCUUUUUCAAUGUAAUUUCAAGUUAUUAUUUAUGGACAAAUUCUUGGCUUCUGAUUUGUAAGAUAUUGGAAAAUACCACUUUUAAUGGUGGAUUGAUUGCUUGGCUGUUGGGGAUUCCAUUUAUUGUUUCUAUAAUGGCAUCCUCAAGAAAAUCAAAGAUUGAUAUGCUCAUUAGAUAAUCCAAUAAAUUCAAAUCAGGAGAGGAAAUCAAUAGUCAUAUUCGAUAUGUGCUGUAAUUGAUAUAAAAUUAGGAGAGGGAUAAGAAUUCUUACAUGUUACUCAUAGGAUAUAUUGAAAAACACAAGGAAACAUGCAAUCCAGAUGAGUGUUAAUUGAAGGAGAAGAACAACAAAAAGAUUUCAUAGAACAAUUUCGAAGCCAUCAUAUCUGGUCUAUUGGCAGAAUUGGAUAAAUUGUUUCAAUAGGGCUUAGAGAAAUUCCCAUAAUCAACACAAUUGAGAAUUUCUUAUGCCUUCUUUUUGAUUGAAAGAUUGAACAAUAAAAAGAAGGCCCAUUAAUAGUUUUUAGAAGCUCAAAAAUUUGGAAGACCUGCUUUUGAUUAGGAAUUUAUCAUCUACAAAAACAGCAAAGCGAUGAAUAAUAAUCAAGAAAAAAAAGAACAAAAUAACGAUGUAAUUAGCAUGAUAGAAUUCGAAAACAAUAUGACUAUUUGUGAAGAUAUGAUGAAAUUAUCAGCGAAUCUUCAUAAAGAGUUUUGGAUUGAAUUGAAAGAGGAUUAACCAGACUUAAGGAAGUUAAAUGCUCUUGGAUAGAGAAUCAAUAAAACUACGAAUAUGAUCAAUGAAAGUUAUUUCAAAAUGCAAAAAAUAAAUCCAAAUAUUUUUUAAACGAUAAGAGUGUAUGGUUUGUUUUUAAUUUUUGUUACUAAUGAUAAAUUAAAGGGAAGACAGUUUUUGCGAUUGGCCAAAUAAGUCCAAUAGUCAUUAGCUUAGGUGGAAGAUGAAGAAUCAUUCUCUUUAGAAAACAAUCUCAAACCUGCUAUUAGUGUGAGUAUGAUAAAACAUGGAGUGAUCGUAGGCAUGAAUCAAUUAGUGGUUAAUCAUCUAGGAUACUCAAAAUAGGAAUUGAUUGGGAAAUCCAUUAAUUAAUUAAUGCCUAAAAUGUAUGGGGAAUAGCAUAAUGCUUAUCUCUAAUAGUAUUUAGAAAAUGUCAAAAAUAAUCAUAUAGAUAGUGAUUACAUCAACUUUGACUAAACCAAUUACUUCAAACAUAAGAACGGGUAUAUUGCUCCAAUGAAAUAUAAGGUUAUGUUGAAUCUAGAAUAUUUACAAUACUUUGUUACUUUUGAAUCUAAUUUAGAAUAACAAAAUCUUAUUCAUUUCAUAGUAGAUGAAGAUACCAAGAUCUAUGAAUUGUCAACUGGAGCUAUAAAUAUAUUCGGUCUAGAUAACAAGGCAGUCUUGAAUAGGGACAUUAAAUUGAAUGAUUUGAUCCCUGAUGUUAUGCACAAGGACAAGUACGACAUUCAUUUUAGAUCAAACAUCAAAAACGAAGAAAGACUUCAUUUCUUGAGAUGCACCAUAAAAUUCAUACAAAUAAGAAUAGCAGCUGAUGUAGAUGAAAAUCAGUAGUAACAAUAACAAUAUUAUCAAAUUACCUUUUAAAACAUUGAUAAAACUGAAGCCAUGCAAUCUAAUAAGAAGAGUAUCAAUCGAUAGAGCAUUGAUAUACUUAAGUUGAAUCCAACAUUUUAGAUAUAUUCUGCUCAUCAAAGUUCCUCAUUCAUGUAUGCAACUCAAACUAAUUAAUAAAAUUUAGAUACUAAUUUAGUGUUUUCAAUGAUGGCCAAUUUCUAAUAAGGUCCCAGACCAGAAGAAAUUGAAUAAAUUAACAACUAUUUGGUAAGAGAAGAGAAACAAACUAUUACCAUUGAAUAAACCAUUGGAAUAGAUGAUGUAAUAAAAACAAGAAGAUUAAUCAAUGGUUAAAUUGUACCUAUUGAUGAGGAAUUUGAGGAGCAGAUCCUCAAAGAACUGGAGGAAUAAGAGCAAGAUGAUUCCAUCUUUAAAAAUAGAAAUGAUUUCUAAAUUAACAAUAGAGAAUACAAGAAUUUCUCAAAACAAAAAUAGUAAUCUACUAUUGUGAAUGCUUUAAAUACUAAUCAUAAACAUAAACAAAUAACCAAACUCAAACAAUAUACAUUAUUUUAUCUCAUCUACUUUAUGGGAUUUGCCAUCUAUUAAUUUAGUGACAAACAGAGUUUUUAUGAAAUACAAAAUGAAUCCUUAACCACUAUGCAUUAUUGCUAUCAAAUCAAUUUCGAAUUGCUAAGGUUGUUUACAAGAUCAGUUGAUCACAUUUUGCUUUUGAAGAACUUCACUCAAUAUACUGCCGAUGACAUUAUAUUAGAUAUCAAUAAAACAGUCAUCAACUUAAAUGAUAUCACUUUGAAAUCAGUCAAAUAUGAUAUUUUUAAUGAUUUGCUAAUGACCGAUGAAAUAGACUUUGUCACAAUUUAAAGUAAUUGGAUCCCUAUUACUAGAAAAACUAGAUUUGAUUAGGCUAUUGUGCUUAUGGAAACUUAUGCUCAAAUAUGGAUAUCCAAGAAUUCGUCAACAUUAAAUGACAUUGAAAUGGUAAACAUUCUAAAUAACUUUCACCCUACAAUGACUUCCAAAUUAAUUUAAUUAAAUGCUCUUCUAUAUGAAAAUGGAUAUGAUAAAGUUGAAAGAUUAUAAACUUCUUAGAUUAUUUAAAUUGUCCUAACAUUAAUCAUAAGCACAUUCAUCAUUAUUAGAGUAAUCAUAUUCAUGAUUUAAGUAAAAUAAUAAAGAGAAAACAUUAUGUUCUUAUUUUUGGCCAUUCCAGAUUCUCAUUUGAGUCAUUUUUAAAAGAAUUGCGAGUAAUUCUUGAAAUAGUUUGUGAGUAUUAAAGAAUUGAUAGCUUAAACUUAUGAUUUGGAGGCAUCUUCAGAUGAAGAAUAAGAAAUUGAUGUUAAUGAUUAAGUUUAAGAAGUCAAAAAGCAAUAAGAGGAUGAUUUUGCCAAUGAACACAAUAGAAAGCAAGCUUAGAAGUAUAAAAAGGUGCUUCAAAAAUAUUAAAGUAACAUCUUAAAGGGACAAUUGAAUCUAGUCUUAAGUGUGAUAUUGAUCGGUUGGAUUAUAUUAGGAAACACCCUUUUCCAAUUCUUUGAUUUGGUUGACAAAUAAUCAUUCCUUAAACUAAUAUGGCCUUAAAAUUAUCUAUAUCAGUAGUUCACCAUGAAUUAUCUUGAUCACUUAAACAUUUAUACUCUCAUGCUUUUGAAUAGUAGCAUAGAGGCUAAUGGAUAAAGCAUUAAAGAAGCUGCAAAUCAACAUCUAAGUGUUUUCAAAAAUAAUUAAGAGAAUCUUAGAGAAUUUAGUGUAUAGGUUUUUGACUAGUUUCAAGAUUUUACUGAAUUAUAUAACACCAUCUAAUAUUUCAUGAUAUGUGACCCAAUCAAAGAUAUCAUAGGAGAAGAUGAAUACAAUAAAUGUUCUACUUAUAUUAACACCACUAAUCUGCUAGGUAUCAUUGCUAUUGAACAGUAUAUGUAUUAAUUUUUUGAAAGAAGACAAAGACCGUACCUCAACCUAACCGAAGAAAUAUUAGAUUCUCCUCAAUUAAAUGAUUCACUAUUAUUUGAAAUCAACUAUUGUUUGUUUAAUUAUAUCGGCUUUUCAAUUGAUUACAUGAUUGAAUAAGAGAAUAUCAUGAUCGAAAAUGUCUUUCAAUCGUCAGUUAACUUGUCAUUACUAUUGACUAUCAUAUAUGUGAUUGUUAUGUUUUUCUUCUAUAUUAUUGUAGCCCUUCGUUAUUUUAAUUAGAUCAAUAAAGAAACAAACUAAACCAUACAAAUGUUGAAUAUGAUUCCAAUUGAAGUGAUAAAAUAAAAUAAAAAUCUUAGAGAAUUUGUCAUAGGAUUAAUAAAAAUGAUGGAUGAACAAUAAUAUAAAUGA